GAAGAUGGCGGCGCGGGUAAAGGGCUUGGGCUGGGCCACGCGGCCGCUGCUGCGGGUGGUCCAAACUUGGUGCCUCGACGGGCGGCGCUGGGUCCGGGCGCUGCGGCGGAACCCCGUGAGGGUGGUGUUUCCAUCCGGACAGGUGGUGGAACGGAAGCCCGGUCCUGGAAAGCAGCCCCGGAGGGCUGCGGCUGAGGCCAGUCCCUCCGAGCAGCGACCAAAGCAGCCGCUUCGGGUGUCACCAUCCCAGACGCCCUGCACCUGGGAAGAGUCGGGGCUUCGCUAUGAUAAGGCUUUACCCGGGGACAGAAGGCUGAGCAGUGUAAUGACAAUAGUUAAGUCCAGGCCAUUUCGGGAAAAGCAAGGAAAGAUCCUGUUGGAAGGUCGCAGGCUGAUUGCAGACGCUCUCAAGGCUGGUGCUGUGCCCAAAGUUUUCUUCUUUAGCCGUCUGGAAUACAUAAAGGAGCUACCCAUUGAUAAGCUGAAAGGUGUCAGCCUCAUUAAGGUGAAAUUUGAGGAUAUCAAGGAUUGGUCCGACCUAGUAACACCACAAGGAAUAAUGGGGAUUUUUGCCAAACCUGACCAUGUUAAGAUGACAUACCCAGAGACUCAACUUCGCCAUUUGCUGCCCUUAUUGUUGAUUUGUGACAAUCUCCGUGACCCUGGGAACCUGGGGACAAUUCUGAGAUCUGCCGCUGGGGCCGGCUGCAGCAAAGUAUUACUCACCAAAGGCUGUGUGGAUGCCUGGGAGCCCAAAGUGCUACGGGCAGCAAUGGGUGCACAUUUCCAGGUGCCCAUCGUCAAUAAUCUGGACUGGGAAACCUUGCCCAACUACCUGCCCACCGACACGCGGGUCUACGUGGCUGACAACUGCGGCCUUUAUGCCCAGGCCCAGAGGUCUGAUAAAGCCAGUGACCACGGUUGGGUAUGUGAGCGACGACUCUCGAAGUUACACAAGUAUGAGGAAGAAGACGAUGAUCUAGAACCUGGAGCCAGUAGAGCCUGGCUCCCUGAACUUGAGGUCCAGAGUUAUGACUUGGACUGGACAGAGGCACCAGCAGCUGUGGUGAUAGGUGGAGAGACCCACGGCGUGAGCCUGGAGUCCCUGCAGUUGGCCGAGAGCACCGGGGGCAAGAGGCUGCUGAUCCCCGUCGUGCCUGGUGUGGACAGCCUAAACUCGGCCAUGGCUGCGAGCAUCCUGCUUUUUGAAGGGAAAAGACAACUGCGUGUGAGGGCAGAACACUCGAGCAGGGACAGGAGUUACCACUGAGACAGAACAUGGAAGUCAGUCCUUGGUUUGAGGGGGUCCCCGCCCCUCCUGCAUUGUUAGGAGAUAGGCAGAGUGGGUAACUGUGGCUUCCUAGGCCAUAUCCAGGGGGGCAAGAGGUGGGCAAGACGCUAUUACAUGGGUAUUGGAAAAAUAAGAAUUUCCAUGAAUCUCUGCUUAUCCUCAAAAAUAACAAGGGUGAGAAUUCUUCUGAGAU